AUGAGCGAGAAGAGCAGCGAUUGUGUGAGAGUUGCCAUCAGAUGCCGCCCACCCAGUCAGAAAGAGAUCAACAAUGGAGAAGAGAGCAUCGUCGAGAUGACCGAGGCCUUCGGGGAAGAAGGCGAACAGGGACAAGUGGUGCUCAGCGAUCCUCAUGGCCACGACGAGCCGGCGAAAUUCGCCUUUGACAUCGUGUUUGGCCUUUCAGUGGCACAAGUCCAGAUCUACGAAUCAGUAGGAAAACCAGCCCUCCACAAGACCUUCGAGGGCUACAAUGGUACAAUUUUCGCUUAUGGCCAGACUGGCAGUGGCAAAAGUUUCACAAUGACCGGCGCUCCUGGAGAUUUGCGUGGCAUCAUUCCACGAGUGAAUGAGGAGCUUUUCUCAUACAUCGCUGAGAAACAAUCGAGCUCCACCUGCAGGUUUCUGGUGAUGUGUUCGUUCUUCGAGAUCUACAAUGAGAUCAUUUUUGACCUGUUGAACCCUGUAUCAGACCGCAGCAAGCUGGGAGGUGGUCUGCAAAUCAAAGAGCAUCCAGUCAUGGGUAUCUAUGUGAAAGACUUGACAGAGAUCGUGGCGGAGGAUGUGACCAAGGUGGAGACCCUGCUGGAGAAUGGCAACAAGAGCCGGGCCGUGUCCUCGACGCUCAUGAACUCCACCAGUUCCAGGUCGCACUCCAUUUUCACCAUCAAAAUUCAUCAAAAGGACGAAGACGACACUUCCAGGAACGUCUUUGCCAAGCUGAACUUGGUGGACUUGGCGGGGUCGGAGCGGCAGAAGGGCACCGGGGCCACGGGGCAGACGCUGAAGGAGGGCGCCAACAUCAACAAAUCGCUGAGUGCUCUUGGGAAUGUGAUCAAUGCACUAGUGGAGACAGCGAACGGGAAGAAGGUCUUCAUUCCAUAUCGCAACUCCAAGCUGACGCGAGUCUUGCAAGAAUCCCUGGGCGGCAACUCUUUAUGCACGAUGUUGGCAACUCUCUCCCCUGCAGCUUGCAACUACGAGGAGACAAUGUCAACAUUGCGCUAUGCGAAUCGCGCGAAGGCCAUCAAGGUUUCUGCAACGAAGAAUGAGGAGGCUUCACAGGUCUCACGUUUGAAGGCAGAAGUUGAAGAGCUGAAGAAGAAACUCGCAGCUGUCGACAGUGGAGGUGGACCAGGUAGAGGCGGCAUGACAGCAGCAGAGAAGGAGGCGGAGCAACAGAAGUUCCAGAAGCAGUUGAAGGAGAUGGAACUGAUGUUGAACAACAACUGGGAAGAGAAAGCGAAGCUCAGUGAGGAGCAUGAGCGGCAGAUGCAGCGCUUUCGAGAAGAGCGCGAACGUGCGGCACAUGCUCUGGAGGAAGAAAGGCAAAAACGCUUGCGGCUGUUGCAAGAGAAGAAUGACUUGGAACUCUCCCUGCGCGGCCUGGUGGACUUGGUCGCGUCUGCCAGCUUUGAGGAACCCCUUGCUGUGGCCGGGGAGGCCCAUGCCUGGCUGAAGUCUCACCGCUCCUUCAGGCAAGACACGGAGGCUUUGUCCCAGCAGCUGAAUUUGGUUCAUGUCUUCAAGCACGGCUUCGAUGAGGACCUGAAGCUUUGGGGCGAAGGCGCUGAAGCGGGAGAUGCCACGUUGCAGAUCAUGGGGCUGGGCAGGUCCCUGCCUAAACUGGAGAAACUGCGGAAAGGGGUGGAGAAGCUGGUGCAGCUGGAGGGUCAAUGCGUCAGCGACGCCUGCAGCCUGGACAUCAGCGUGAAGCGCGCCACCGUGGAGUUGGACGCCUUCCGAAGCAAAGCGCAGAGCGAAAUCCGCGAAGAAGCAGAGGCUGAGAGUCAACGGCAGGGGACCCCGGCCUUGGAGCAGAUCGCUCAGAUCCUCACGCUGAUCCAGAAGCAGCUUCAGGUGAAGCUAGAAGAAUUGCACAAGCUCACAACGUUGGAGAUGGGGCAGACCAUUGACAUGGUCGUGACCUUCUCUGAGGGCCUCUCUGAAGGAGAGGUGACGAAAGCCGUCAGCGCGUUGCAGGCCUUAAUCUCCUCGCCCAUUUUCGCGAUGCCUGAGGGCAUGCCACAGAAACCUUUGCGAGAGUAUUCUCCAGAGGAAGUGCAAGAUACGCCCGAAACCACUGAGGCAGUUCUGCGUCAGCUGAUCCGAAUAGAAGGAGUCAUUGGCAAAGCCAAGAAAUCCGCGGCCGAGCUUCUGGCAAGGCCGCCCCCGAAGUUUCUGUUGGAUGUGGCCGUGGCUUUGAAACAGGCCACAGGAUUUCCAGCCCAGCUGGAGGAAACUUGGCCGGAUUCCAGGGAAGAUCGUCUGGCACGCUUUCAGCAAAUCGCGGAUGCCAUCAACGGUGAGCUUGGCAUCCAAGUGGAUUUCGAUGGUGUUGGCGUGCUGAAGGGCAAGGAGGUCCCGAAGACCUUGCGUGUGCUGCAGCUUCUGGCGCUCAGCGCCGCGCGGCAGAGCCCUCCGAAGCACGGGGAGGAAAAGACGAAGGCGGAGGGCUGGACCGUGACGGAGGUGCCAAGGAUCCUCGACAGCUUGGAUCAUUGCAUCCGCACAGCCAAGACCGUGGUGGAGAGUCAGUCUCGCAACACUGAAGAGCAGAGUUUGCAGGAGAAGCUCCUGGCCAUCGAGGCGUCCCUGGCCGAGGAGGCGCGCUUCCGGCUGGCCCAGGAGGAGGCGCUGCGGGCGGCGGAGGGACAUCUGCAGGAGACCAAGGCCACUCUUCGAUCCAUCUCUGCACAGUGCGAGCAGAAGGAGGUGCAAGCCGUGCAAGCUGCAUCGACGGCUGAUCAGGAGCUUCAGGAACUGGAAAGACAGCUGGAGGAGUUGUCAGAUCCCAGCAAGUUCUCAGAGGCCAACGUGAUGAAACUACUUGCGGGGCAGCUUGAUGCGUUGAAGGUGGAAUUGGAACACGACCAAGAGGAAGUGAACCAGUUACAGGAUAGGCGCAAAGAGGUGACGAAGGCUCUGAAUGAAUCGACCUCCCAUGCACGGCUGGUGGAAGCAGAAGUGCAGAGGGCACGUCAGAAGCGCGAAGCAGAUGAAGAGUUGAUCGGCCAAGCACCCGAGGAGCAGCUGCAAAUUCUCCAGGCACGAGGCCAGGAGCUACGGGGCCGUAACGAGGAUUUGGAGCAGCAGCUGGCCAUGAUGUCCUCGGAGGUCGAAGAGCAUCGGAAUGCCAAUCGACGCCUCAUGCAGGAGAACAGCGAGUGGAUGGCGAAGGCGGAAGAUUCACAGCUCCAAAUGCAGAUCGUGCAGGAGGAGCGCGACUCCCUGAGAGAAGCCAUGGAGCAGCUAUGGACGGAGAAAGCUCAAGUGGAUGAGGACUUGGAGAUCCGCAUGGCCGGCUACAUCAACUUAUCGGAGCGCCUGAAUCUCCAACAGGAUGACAAUCAAGACCUGGAGAUGCAGAUGGAGCAAAAGAAGGAGCAGAUUGCAGAGAUGCAACGCAGCGGCUUCCAGGCGGUCCUAUCGUGA